AUGGCCGCCACAUUCCGCAUCUUCGCCCGCAAGGGUUUCAACGAGGGCAUGGCUGGGCACAUCUCCGUUCGCGACCCCGAAAAUCUGCACAUGUUCUGGACCAACCCGCUCGGUCGUCCGUGGCAGCUUAUGCGAGCCUCGGACAUGAUUCUAGUCGACUACGAUGGCAACGCUAUCGGCGGAAACAUGAGUCUGCCUUCAAACGCUGCUGGCUUCCUCAUUCACAGCGCUCUGCACAAGGCGCGGCCCGACGUGAACGCGGCUUGUCAUGCACAUACCAUAUACGGCAAGGCCUGGUCCUCCUUCGGUAGACCGCUGGAGAUGAUCAAUCAAGAUGCUUGCAUAUUUUACGGCAAGGCACAGGCAGUUUAUGAGGACUUUGGGGGAGUGGUGUUUGAUGAGGAGGAGGGUAAAAGGCUGGCCGGGGCUUUGGGGCCAGAGGGAAAGGUGAUGACUUUGACGACCCAUGGUCUAUUGACUGUGGGCCAGACGGUCGAUGAAGCAGCGUACCUGUUUACUCUCAUGGAGAAGAGUUGCCAAGUUCAGCUUUUGGCCGAAGCCGCAGCUGCCAAUGGCAUACCAAAAAGAAUCAUCGAGGACAACGUUGCUGCGUACACGUUCAGGAUGACGUCUAGCCCCGACAGCUUGUAUCGAGAGUUUCAGCCAGACUUUGAGGUAGAAGAUGUCUUGAGUAAUGGAGACUUUAGGAAAUAG